UUAGUUGAUUUGGCAUUCAUACAUAUAUGUAUAAAUUAUAGUUACAGGAUUGAAAGUUCAAAAUAUUGUAAAUAUCGUCUUACCGUUUUCAUUCACGCUAAAAUGCAAUUCAUAUGAAAGUCUUUGUUCAUUCUUCAAGAAGCAUGUUUUCACUUGGCAGCUGGAAUACUUAUUAUAAUGAACUGUUUUUACCAAACACUAUCCUUGUUGUUAUUGGACUUAUUGUCGGAGUCAUUGGCAACGUAACUGUUAUUUGUGUAUACCAUAAAGGAUUAAAAAACAAAGGAAACGGUCGUUUUUUCAUACCAAUCUUGGCAACUGUAGACUUAAUGUGUGUUUCAUUUAGUGAUGUGUAUCAUAUAAUACAACUUACACAUUUUGUAACAUUUCCAAAUUCUUGGGUAUGUAAAUUUUUCUAUUAUUUAAUUCGAGUUAUUAUUACUCACUCAAUAAUGAUAAUGACAGCGAUCGCAGUAACCAGAUUUCAUCAAAUUUGCCAGAUCAUGAAAUGUCAAAUUACGACUUCACGAUUACGGAUUUUCAUUAUUUGUACAGGAAUACUUUCUUUUAUCUCAUAUAUUCCCACACUUUUCGUUUUCGGAACUGUUGAAGUUUGCAAAGACAACAUCACUGGGUACAUGUGCAAGGAAAUUAAUAACGCAGCCCGAGCGCUGGAUAAAGGAAAUUUGUUAUUCAUUUUAGUUUUACAUGGAACGUGUAUGUUUAUCAUUACUGUGUCUUACUUUUUAAUAGCAAUUCACAUCUUUAAGAAAUACAGACAAAAUACAUCAAACAAAGUAACAACUGAAACGGAAGUUGGAGCAAAUUUAAAGCAAUUUAGUGCUAAAAAGAUUCGAAGACAGAACUCUUCAUGGUCGCAUCGUUUCACGUUGAUGUUUUUCACUUUACAAGUGUUUCUGCUGAUGACUUUAAUACCGCCUUUAAUUAUUAUCAAGAAGGAAAUGGCUAAUCCUCAUUUUUGGGAAAGAAAGCGUACAAAUCUACUGAACAAUGUUUAUAUGGCGAUGCGCGUUCUUUAUUUUGCAAAUGCAAUUGUUAAUCCAUUUAUAUAUGGGUUCUUUGACCAUGCUUUCAGAAGAAAACUUGUGAAUAUGUUUGUAAAAAAAAGUGUAGCUAGCCUUGCCCAAAGUGUAUAA